AUGCGCCCACACAACAACAUGUCGUAUUCACAUCAAGACUGCAAAACAUUACGCUUCAAUAAUCUCGACCCUCGUGUUGACGACCGUAUGCUACAUUCCAUCCUCUCAACAGUCGUACCAGUCGAUCAUGUACACAUGGCCGAAGAGUCUGAUGAGCGAUGGAGUGCUUUGGAUCAUCAUGCCUAUGUUCGUUUCCACGAUCAUCACGCGGCUGAACAAGCUUUCCAUGUAAUGGAUGGUCGUACUCUUUUUGGCAAGGUAGUUGAAGCUACCUGGAAUGAGCCAAAAAAGAAGAGUAGCAGCGACCAAUCCACAUAUGGUGUAGUGAUGAAGAAUCUCAGCCCGGAUGUUAGCACCGAAUCCAUUCGUGAAUCAUUGACACCAUACAAGAAGCAACUAAGUCAAAUCGAAUUCAUUUGGGACAAUGCCACCGGCAAGACCAAAGGCAUGGCUCGUGUCAAUUUCCUUGAUGAAAAGAGCGCACAUGGAGCAGCAGAAUCACUCAACAAUACGCAGCUUGGCAAAAACACUAUUCAAUGCGCACCACUUUCAUCAUCAUCAUCCUCAUUAUCAUCUGAGAAUACUCGUGCGUAUAGUCACGAACAAAAUGUCGAAGCUCAGCAAUCGCCAUCACUCACACCCGCAUCGUCGUCCAACAAACAAUCCUACGAUGAUAUCUUUAACGGCGCUCCUCUUCCAGUCACCACCGUAUACGCUCAUCCUCUUCCAUCAGAGACAACGAAACAAGAUCUUUGGUUCUACUUUUCUCAAUACGGAUACGUAUCCGGCAUCGACUUGCAUCUCAACGAGAACUAUGCCAUUGUGAGUAUGGAUACCCAUGCCAACGCUGCCUUGGCUAUGUUCUCUUUGCAAGAGUUUAAAUUACACGAUGAGCCUGUUCAACUUGACUGGUCUACAAGCGAAACUGCAAAAUCUUCCCUAACGAAUUCACCACCAACAUCCUCCUUUGCAUCGGCCGCCCCUGUUGCGUCCACGUCAUCUCAUCCAUCGGCCGUAUUGAACGACACCAACAGCUCUAAAUCUCCCUUGUUCCCUUUGCUUCGUACAGCUACUUCUACUUCCCAUCGCCAUGAUGCCCAAGGUUUGGAGGUUAUGGAAUCAUCCGUAUACCAUAUCCAGCCCCAGUGGCCAUCCUCUGUCACCGAUCAGUAUUAUUACCACCCUGCUUUCGGCAAUACAACAUGA